UAACUAUAUGAUUUGCUACGUUUCGCACAGAACUCACAAAGGCGUGAAUUUGGAUUCAGGUCUUUAUUCGUAGCCCCCAUGGGGCCUUUUUCUUCUUUCGUGGUAACACGUGCAAAGAGAAGGUGGUGUUAUCUGACAUUUCGGCGCAAUGCGACGGUGUCUCAUCCGUAUUGUUCCGCCGGCUCUCCUGAGAUAGCUGUUGCUGAUGAUGAUAGACUAAUUAAUAGGAAUGACUUCAGAGGAGUGACGACGCGAAGUGAGAAGAAGGAAACUGCGCGCUUUCCUGAAACAGUUCUGUCGAAAAUACAGGAGAGCCUACGUCGAAAUUACCGGAUAUCAGGCAGUACUGUCUUUCUCGAAGUUGUGAAGAAGUUAGAAGAGCAAGAUCAGCCCCUUAUAAUGACGCUACGACGGUCACCAGAUCGCUGGUUGCCCCUCCUUUUUCGAGCUUGCGGGAAAGCCACCUCUAAUGUCCCGAAAUCUUCUCGUCAGCAAAUCUUAGCCCGUUUUUGGAAGCAGUUGAACCUUAGAGGCAUUCCGAUCAACAUCCCAUCAGUCAAUGCAUUGUUGUCUUCUUUGCUGGAAAAUGGUUCAGAAUUUGAUUGCGGCGAAGUUUUGAACGAUAUCGAAGGGAACAGGCAACUGCAACCAGAUCAGGAAACCUUCCAGCUGCUUCUCACCAAUAUCGCUCGCCAUGGAGAUAGCGACGGUUGUCGAGACAUGGUGUAUGAAAUGGCAAAACGAGGUUUCAUUGUCGAUCGAGCUUGCAAUGACGCACUCGUCUACUGCUUUGGAGUAAGAGGACAUCACGCAAAGGCAGAUUCAUUGGCAGAGCAAGCCUUGGGAAAGUACGGUGUUGAUGCUGUGGCAAGCGCGCAAGGUGCUUGCGCUAGAGCUGCUGCUGCUCGUGCGGAUUUGAAUCGGCUGAGAUCGGUGCUUCGUCGAACUGUGAUGGGUGAAGAACGUCGACUCAUACUUUCCGUAAAUGACAUUUUCGAAACUAUUUGGCUAUUGUCAGAGAAGAGCCGAGAAGGUGACGGCGCUGAGUUUGUCAAUCUCACUGAACAGAUGCUGGACCAUACAAAGCGUUGCCCUGGAUUCUUUCGCUAUCUAAUCAGAGAAGUGGAGACCCACAUAUGCCAUCAACAUUACUAUACAGCGGUAGCUCUGCUGGAGGACACCAACAAGAUAUCCGAUUUCUUGAAAAAUCAACAAAAAUCUUUGUUUCUGAAACAGAUGAUCGCUCAGCUUAGUAGGCAGAUUGUACGGAACGAGGUGAAUGUUGUAAAGAUGAAUGACAUUGCCAAUCGCGUCGCUACCAUUUUCCAAAGUCAGCAAAAAGCUCUUCGGAUUCAUGACGAUCUGCUUUACGCCGUUAUGAUGUACAAAGAAUUCUCUAUGGAUAAACGCAUUGAAUACGUGAAUGCUUUGAUUGAUAUGGUAGACAGAGAUCGAACUAGGCAUCAUUUGGUACUACCGCUUCUCACUAGCACAGAUGAUGUUGAAGAGCGACUGAAGUUGAUUUUUCGCUGUGCAAACAUGGGUUACAAGGAUCUGUCAGAGCUUGAUAUCUCUGUUUUGUCACCGGUAUUGUUACAACCACUCUAUGAUCGGCAACGGACUUCCCGUGGAGAUCAGUCAAAACUGAAUAAGCUAGCUAGGAUUUUGAAGAGUUUUGGCAUAGCAUCCGAUUCUGUGUGGCAAACCAUGUAUUCGUGGUGGCAAGAUAAAGUUGCGAGCGAGAAAAGAGUAGCUGAUUUGGCAGAUGCUUCACGACCUUUGUCCGGAGAGCUCAAGGAAUGGCUGAAGUUACAGUAUACAGCUACCUUUGAAAUGGAGAAGAAAAGCAGUAUGAAAGGGUUGCCGGUUCGGAUUACCUACGAGAGGCUGAAAAAAUUUGUGGAUGAUCGCGACUCUUCGAAGGUCCAUGCGUUCCUUUCGUCAUAUGGCUGGCCAGAAGAUACAAACUUCGAGGAGAUCAUUCCAGAUGUGCUUGGGCUCUAUCUCGACCAUGAAGAAUGGUCAAAUGUCAAGAAAAUGCUCAUUUCACUAUCGGCUCAGUCUGCCAAAUGGCAAAAACCGGAUGAUCCAUCCUACAGUCCCAUAAAGAAUUACCAUUUGCUGCAGAUUCUGAGAAGACUUUCAAAUGAAGCCGAAGAGAUCUCGCUCGUGAAAAUGGUCAAUUAUGCCUAUGAACUUCGGCGGCUCUUUCCUGAAGCUACUGCCAAUUAUGACACUUUCUUCAACACUCUGCACGAAUACAAUCGUUUGUUCGGAAAAUGUUUUGAGAGGCUUCCAAAUCCAUCUGUAGAAAAAAUUGACGAAUGCAUAGAUCUCUUACGAACGCUGAUCAAGUUGGAAAUACUCCAACUUCAUCCUAACGAAACAUUGACUUCUGUGUUUAUAGGAAAUGUUUUGAGGAGGCUUGGCUGGGAAGAAGCAGUAAAUACCUGGAUGAAGUUCCAGUCUGGACUGUAUUGCUCUAAUGGAAUUGUCACAUUAUUACGUUUUUGCCUCUCACAGAAAUCAGAGGCCUCCAAGCGCAACAUUCAGUAUGUGCUGCACAAAGCCCAAAACUUCCUUCCACAGUCUCGAGUCCACUGUCUUUACGCAGCUGUUUUGGUAGCCAAGCGGCAUGAAGACGAGGCUGCUGAGUAUCUGGAGGAGCAUAAGGCUGAGAUCGAUCCGUUAGACUGUGUGAUGGCAAUGCGAUAUAUGAAUGCACUACGAGCGAAAAUGGUUGACGAGGAGUUUAUAAGACAGUUCGCGGAAUUGUGUCUCAAGCAUACCAAACUCAUUGAAAAUGUGGAGGCGACUCGACAGAUGCAGACUGACUGGUUGCGACUAUGUGAACAGCGCAAAAUGGCUCCACUGGCAUUACGUCUCUACGAUCUGUUUAAGAAAUAUGGUGUGGACGUACAAGAUGAAGAGAAAGAGCGACUUUGGGAAAUGAUUGGAGAGCACGACGUCUUGGCGAAGCGAUGGAUUUAUGAGCCAGAAGGUUUUCUCCGAAUCAAACCUGACGAUGAAUUGGUACGAAACACCGACAUUUGGCAGAUCCAGCAAGCUCUAAAAGCUGAAGUUUCUGCGGCGCGAGCCUCUGCUUAGAAACGUGGAUUUCACAUAUCCGCUUAAAAUCCCUAGAAAAUGAUGAUCUCUUUUCUUAGCUGUUGAUGCCUUGUAAUUUAGUGCCUAGUCUUCAAUAGUCGCUUUAGUUUUUAGUACCUCUUCCAGCUCAUCAUGUUCUUGUUGCUCAGAACUCUUGUGUACGGGUAUAACGGCUGACCUCUUGUUCAUGUAGAUCAAUUUAGUUUCUCAGUGUGAACUAAAGAUUGUCCAUGCAGUUAUCCAUGC